UGGCGAACAAUUCCGUGGCGGCGGCGCCGGACUACGGGGACUACAGGGAGUUCCUGUCCCAUUACUGCAGGUUCUGAAGAAUGGUGUGGAGGUGAAGUUGAAGAGGAAUGCCCUGAGUGUCUUGGAAGCUCCAGCUACUGUAAGACCAUGCCAUCAUUCACAAUAGCGGGUACUGGGCGAGGAGAUGAACCUAGGCCAGCAGCUCCUGUGCAGCGGCGAGUACUUCAGCGGCAGCAGCUCCUGUGUGCGGUGAGUGCUUCAGCGGCAGCAGCUCCCCUGGGCGCGUGCGGGCACCAGCUCGCCUUCACCAGCAGCCGGCAGCAGAGCAGCAGCUCGACUCCACCAGCGGACAGCAGCAGAGCACCAGCUCGCCUCCACGAGCAGGCGGCAGCAGAGCAUCACCUGGGCGCGCGCGGUCCAGGAGGAGCCCCAGGACGGCGUGGGUGGAGGUGGAGGCGGGGGCCGAGGCGGAGGUGGAGGGCGGGGACGGAGGCGGAGGCGGAGGCGGAGGCGGAGGCGGGGGCGGGGGCGGAGGCGGAGGUGGAGGGCGGGGCCGGAGGCGGAGGUGGAGGGCAGGGGCGGUGGCGGAGGUGGAAGACGAUCCAGCGACCUGAUUCAAAAUUUAAACUAAGGGUAUAAAUGUCCAUUUGCCCAUUUUCACCUGGUCGGAACAUUUGCCCCAGCGACCUACAUUUCGGUACAGAGGGAGUAUAUUAUUAACAUCUUAACAAACGAACUACCACUUCGGGAUAAUUUCUAAAAGAGGUCAAAGUCAA